AUGCUCCAAAACCCCAACCUCCGCGACUCUCCCCUUCCGCGUACUCUUUCCCUUCUCCGGCCAACGGCAAUUUCGCCACCGCCUUCCCCGCUCCCCCUGCUCCAAAACUCCAACCUCCGCGACUCGCUCUCCGACCUCUCCAAAUCAAAACUAGUGAAAGCCCUGGUCCUCGAUUUCUUCUGCAAUGCCUCCGUCCGAAUCACUGACGAGCUCGGAUUCCCCUUCCAUUCGCAAGCAGCCGCUCGACGCUCUUCAUCGGAACCACAAAUUCUUGCUAGGUAUAAGCCACCAUCAAUCCACGAAGUUGGAGCACAGCUCCAGGUACACUGGCAAACCAGGUACCAGCUCCACCAGCGACGUUUUCCGGUUGUCGGCGAACUGUCAGAGAUCGGUCGACGGAGGAAAUUCCGGCGGCAUGUUUCACUGCUGAAUUUGCAUAUCAAUUUACUAUUUAGUACCUGA